CUCGUCCUCGUUUGUACUCCGAGGUCAUGGCGACACAGCGGUCGUGAAGGAGGCUGUCCAAGAUGGCGGCCGGGCGGAAGGGCCGGGGAGUCGAACACCUUCCCCGGCCGCUCGCGGCUUUCCCCGCCGCUUUCGCCGCGCUGCUGUUGCUGAGCAACCACCGGGCCUGGGCCUUGGCGGCCCCCUCCUGCCACCAUCGCGUCCCCGGCACCAACGAGGUUAUCUACAAAGUUUAUCUUAAAGAAAAUCAUGUUAUGAAGAGAAAUGCUGAUCAACAACUAAGAAUUAAGACUGUGUAUGACAGAAGUGUUGAGGAUUUGCUGCCGGAAAAAAAACACCUUAUAAAGAAUAAGAUUUUCCCACAAGCUAUUUCUUAUUUAGAGAAGACAUUUCAAGUUCGCAAACCUGCUGGUACUGUAUUAUUAAGCAGACAGUGUGUAACAAACCAGUAUUUAAGGAAGAAGGAUGACCCUCAUAGAUACUGCAGAGGAGCCUGUGCGGAGUUUACAAAGUGUGGACCAGUUAUAGUCCCUGAGGAACACCUUCAGCAAUGUAGAGUUUGCAGUGAAAAUGGAUGGCUUUGUGGACCUGUUGGUGAUCCAGACAAAGAAGGGGUUCAAGAUGCUGACUUUGUAUUAUACGUUAGUGCUCUGACGACAGAAAGGUGUGGCCAAGAAAAUAUCAUUGCCUAUGCAGCAUACUGUCAGCUUGAAGCAAAUAUGGACAGGCCAAUUGCAGGGUAUGCCAAUCUGUGUCCAAAUAUGAUUUCAACCCAAGCACAGGAAUUUGUCGGCAUGCUAUCUACAGUGAAACAUGAAAUCAUUCAUGCAUUGGGAUUCUCUGCCGGACUAUUUGCAUUCUAUCGUGAUGAUGAUGGAAAUCCUUUAACUUCCAGAUAUGCAAAUGGAUUGCCAGCAUUUAAUGAAAGUCUUGGAGUGUAUCAGUGGAGCCAAAGAGUUGUACGAAAUGCAGUCAGGUUAUGGGAUGUACGGGGCAAUAAUCUUCUGCGUCACAAUAUAUUUCUUCUGAUAACUCCUAAAGUAGUUGAGGAGGCCCGAAAACAUUUUGACUGCCCAAUUCUAGAAGGCAUGGAACUUGAAAAUCAAGGUGGAAUGGGCACUGAACUCAAUCACUGGGAGAAGCGUUUGUUGGAGAACGAAGCAAUGACUGGAUCACACACUCAGAAUAGGGUCUUCUCUCGGAUUACUUUGGCAUUAAUGGAAGAUACUGGCUGGUAUAGAGCCAAUUAUAGCAUGGCAGAAAAACUUGACUGGGGACGAGAUAAAGGUUGCGACUUUGUGAUGAAAAGUUGUAAGUUUUGGAUUGACAACAGGCGGAGAAAGAAAGAACUGGUAGCUCCAUAUUGUGACACUCUGCGAAGUAAUCCGUUGCAACUAACCUGCAGACAGGACCACAGAGCAGUAGCUGUGUGCAAUUUACAAAAGUUUCCUCAACAGCUGCCUCAGGAAUAUCAGUACUUUGACAGCCUAUAUGGAAUACCAUCUGAAGAUUUGCCUUAUUAUGGUGGAUCAGUUGAAAUUGCUGAUUACUGUCCUUUCAGCCAGGAAUUUAGUUGGCAUUUAAGUGGUGAAUUCCAACGCAGUUCAGAUUGUAGGAUACUGGAAAAUCAACCAGAUCCUUACAAAAACUAUGGUGCUGAAAAAUAUGGACCAAAUUCAGUCUGCCUCAUUCAGAAAUCAGCUUUCGUUAUGGAACAAUGCAGAAAGAAACUAAGUUAUCCUGACUGGGGUAGUGGAUGUUACCAGGUUUCUUGUUCUGCUCAUGGACUGACAGUUUGGGUCAAGGACAUGGCAUACUUGUGCAGUCAUUCAGGUCAGAUUCUCCCAGUGAAUAUUCAGAUGAAUGGAUGGGUGCAUAUUGGGAACCUAGUCUGCCCAGCAUGCCUAGACUUCUGUGACAUCUGUCCACCUGAGCAGGACCCUCCUCCUCCAAUGGCUAACUUGACUAAAAUUGCAUCUCUCGAUUUGUGUUCCUGUUCUCCUAGCCUGGUUGUAACCCUCUGGCUCUUGAUGGCAAACUUACUUCCACUUUUGGCUGGAUUUCUUCUCUGCGCAUGGAGUUAAGCCAGGCUCCCAGUUUGCCCUUGCAGCAUCUAGAGUGUGCUCCAUUUAAGCACAAUUUGAAGGCAGCUAUCCGGAAGAACAAUUACAUCUCGGUCUGCCCUUGUGGCAAGUAGCCCAGCUGUUUGUAAGCUGAAGGGUGCUGGACAACUGCUUCUAGACUAAGAGAGGCAACGUUUACAACAUCGUCUCAAUAAGUGCCAGCAUAAUUGACAGUUUUAUUUUCAUAUUGGUACAAAUUUGGGGGGACAGAUUUAUCAGUGGUAUUAUGCCAUCUGUUGCCACCUGUCUGGAGCACUUUGGUUAUGCACAAUUCCCUAUGAGUCUUAUAGCAGGAUUUUUUUGGCAUCCUUAGAGAUAUACCUCAGUUUCUUUUAGUCAGAAGCCAUGAAAAUCAGUUGCCAUUGCUGCUAAUAACUUAGGCCUGAUAGCGCUUCAUGGAGUACAAAAAGAGUUAGCCUUUUGGUACGAGUUCAAACUGCUUCCAAAAGUAUACUAUUUGUUUGCAGACUCUGGUGAAGUAAGGUUUAUUUUUGCUAUGAAGUCUGUGCUGCUCAGAAUAUGAUGGAACAUUCAGUAGCAGCACAUCCUGCACUUUUGGUAUUUCCAAAUCAUGAAUAUAUUUGUAAUAUUUGUAAUUUCCCUUCCGUAUGGAAGAAUGUUAAGUUAAACUAGUCUGUCAUAACUCUUAAUGUAUUAUGACUGCCAUCCUAACUAUGUUUCCUAGGAUGUAAGUCACACUGAACUCAAUUGAACCUCUUUCUGUGAAACAUGUCUUAGAUUGGGCUAAACAUUUUGUUUUUGCAAGGCAGGUUAAAAUAA